UAUUAUUGAUAUAUUAAAUACAAUUUAAAAUAAGCAUUGCUUAAACCAAAUAAGCUUUUUAAUCUCACUAGCAAUCACUUUGAAAGAAAGACUCAAAAACAAUACUUUUGUGAUGUUUGAGUCCAAUCUCCAAAUUUGGAGAAGAUGAUACAAAAUCUCUGACAUGACAAUUCCUAGUGCAACUGUGUUUAGUCUCUAAUCUCAUGCUCUGCAAAUUCCAUUUAAAAAAGCAGCUUCCUUUCCCUCCAAUUGCUUAUUCAUUUGCCACUCGGUACACCCACUCAUGGAGCAAACUCAGAGUUUUUAUGCCAUUUCCUGAUGAAACCAACUUAAGGGAUCCUUGCACUGUUCAUUUAUUUUAUGCCAACGCCCUCAAAGUCUCCACCAAAUGGGCUCUUUUUCCUGAAGGAAAACAGUUGCAUGCACAUUUGAUAAAGUUUGGAUUUUGCCAUGUUCUGUCCCUGCAAAAUCAGAUUUUGAGUCUUUAUCUGAAGUGUAAAGAAACUAAAGAUGCACAGAAACUGUUUGAAGAAUUGCCCGUGAGAAAUGUGGUUUCGUGGAACAUUCUAAUUCGGGGCAUUCUUGGAUGUGGCAAUGCAGUUGAAAAUGACUCGAAUCCACAGCUCUGUUUUUCUUAUUUCAAAAGAAUGUUGUUGGAAACGGUGGUUCCGGACAGUACAACUUUGAAUGGUCUCAUUGGUGUUUGCAUAAAGUUUCGUGAUAUUGACUUGGGUUUCCAGUUGCAUUGUUUUGCAGUGAAACUGAGACUUGAUUUGGAUUGUUUUGUUGGAAGUGUUCUUAUUGAUUUAUAUGCUAAAUUUGGCUUGGUUAAGAACGCAAGGAUGGUUUUUCAUGUUGUUCCUCAAAGAGAUUUGGUUAUGUGGAAUGUGAUGAUUUCAUGCUACGCCUUGAAUCGUUCACCGGAAGAGGCUCUGGGAAUGUUCAACUUGAUGCGAUCAGAUUGUGGAAAUGGAGAUGAGUUCACUUUUAGCAUUGUGCUUAGUGUGUGUGAUACUCUGGACUAUUAUGAUUUUGGAAGGCAGCUUCAUGGGCACAUUCUGAAACAAUCAUUCGAUUCAGAUGUGUCAGUAGCUACUGCAUUGAUUAACAUGUAUGCGAAAAAUGAAAAUAUAACUGACGCACACAAAACAUUUGAUAGGAUGGUGAUUAGAAAUGUUGUGGCUUGGAACACCAUUAUCGUUGGGUGCGGGAAUUGUGGAGAAGGGAAUGAGGUUAUGAAGCUUCUGAAAGAGAUGCUUCACGAAGGGGUUUCCCCUGAUGAACUAACUAUUUCCAGCACUAUUAGUUCAUGUGGCUAUACUUGUGCCAUUACUGAAACAAUGCUAGUCCAUGCUUUUGCAGUUAAAUCCUCAUUUCAAGAAUUUGUAUCUGUUGUUAAUUCUCUGAUCAGUGCUUACUCCAAGUGUGGUAGCAUAGCUAAUGCAAGCCAAUGCUUCAGAUUAGCUGCAGAACCUGAUCUUGUUACGUGGAGUUCAUUGAUAAGUGCAUAUGCAUUCCAUGGUCUAGCCAAGGAAGCAACUGAAACAUUUGAGAAGAUGCUAUCUUGUGGAGUAAUUCCGGAUCAGAUUUCUUUUCUUGGUGUUCUCUGUGCUUGUUCUCAUUCUGGGCUUGUGGCUAAGGGGCUUCACUACUUUAACUUGAUGACCAGUGUGUAUCAGAUUGUUCCUGAAUCAGGGCAUUAUACCUGCCUUGUUGAUCUUCUUGGAAGAUAUGGUCUUAUAAAUGAAGCUUUUGAAUUCUUAAGGUCACUGCCAAUGGAAGCUGAAUCGAAUACAUUGGGAGCAUUUAUAGGAUCCUGCAAUAUCCAUGCAAAUAUAGAACUGGCUAAAUGGGCUGCAGAAAGGCUCUUCAUCAUAGAACCAGAGGAGAGUGUAAACUAUGCAGUCAUGUCUAACAUUUAUGCUUCCCAUAGACAUUGGUGUGAUGUAGAAAGAGUUCGUGGAAUGAUGGGGAAGAAGGGUGAUGCAAGAGUCCCUGGUUGCAGCUGGAUUGAAAAUGGUAAUCGAGUUCAUUCGUUUGUAUCCAAUGAUAAGACACACCCUCUCAGUUAUAUUUAUGGCGUUCAUGCAAAUUAAAAAUGGAAGGAUAAGGAUCUUUUUACAGUCAUAACUCAUGCAAACAACUAUUAUGUGAAAGGUCUCAUGAACAAACCGAUGUUACUUGCAAUUACAUUGAUUCCAUCCAAUGAGCUAGUGAAACUGAAACUAAUAUAAUUAUGAGAAAUUGCAUAAGUACUGGUGUAGAAUGGAUCAGAUGAGGUUUCUUGAGGUAAUCCUGCUGAAUCUAGUUGUGGAGUUGCCGAGGGAUGAAACUGGGCUGUAGCUGCUAGGAUUUACUCGGCAUAUUAUCCAUAAGACGACUCUUUUAGGUGAACUUGGGUAUUUUAGGGGAAUAAUGUGCACAACAAAUGUUUCUAUAACCGAUCAAAUGUUUCUAUUUUACUUUUAUAGAACAUUAAAAAUUGUAUAAUUAUGGUCAUACAUGUAUAUCAAUCAAAUUGGCAGACUAUGGAAGAUAACUUACCUCAUGGUUUUAAAGA